AGAGGCUGUUUCUUUAAGAGCGAGGGCGAGUGAGGAGGAGAGAGAGAAAGGGAGGGACCUCUUUGCCCUCCAGAAACCAGGAAGGGAAUUGAGUUGAUCUGCUGCUGCUUGGUUAGCACAUACGGGGGCUUUAAGCCUGCACAACAGUGACAAGAGGCAGGGAGAAGGGAGAAAGAGCCACAGAGAGAGAGUGCUCCGGAGAGGAGGAGAGCGGAGGGCUGCGCUAACCCCACAACAAGCAGCACCACGGCCAUCGCAGACAGGCAGACAGACGGACGGCAGGACGGAUACACGGGUGGGGGCUGUGCUAGGCGGCUCGGCGGCAGGCUGGUGGAAGAUGUCGUCCGGAGCCGGCGGGAGGGGAGGAAGGCGGCUCAGAGGGACGGCAGGCGGCGGGGGCGGCGGAGGCCGAGGAGGAGCAGGAGAGGCCGAAGAGGGUCCCGUGGGGAUCCCCUUCCCCGAGCACAGCGCGGACAUCCUGGGCAGCCUCAACAAGCAGCGGCUCAGCGGUCUGCUGUGCGACGUGCUGCUGGUCACGCAGGACAGAGAGUUCCCAGCGCACCGGUCCGUCUUGGCCUCCUGCAGCUCCUACUUCCACAAGCUGUUCACUUCGGGAGCAGCCGCCGAUCAACGCAACGUCUAUAACAUCGACUUUGUGGCGGCGGAGGCUCUCGGAGCGCUGCUGGACUUUGCCUACACGGCCACGCUGACCGUCAGCCACAGCAGCGUGGCUGACAUCCUCGCGGCCGCACGCCUCCUAGAGAUCCCACCCGUUCAGGACGUCUGUACACACCUGCUGGACACCAAAGUGCUCUCCCCGCCGGCGGGCAGUGAGCAAAGAAGCGAGGAUGAGUUGAGGGGGAGAGGAGGAAGCGAGCAGGGAAACCAGGUUAUGGCCCAGGAGUUCCUGGAGUACUUCCAGAGAGGGUUGCACCGGAGCAGCAGCUGCAGCACGCCAGAGCUCGGGGACCUGCCCACACACCUGCACUUUAACCACGGCGGGACCCCCACCAACGGUGCACCCGGUGGCCCCGGUGAGUACUACUCCCCCCUUGCCCUUGCUUUGGCCCAGGCCCCCACCCACGAGCCAGAAGAGGAAGAAGAGGAGGAAGAGGACGAUGAGGACGGGGAAGCGGUGCAGGGCAACGGAAUAAGCCUCGGGUCAUUUUACUACCCGCCCUCCCAGAACGGGCACUUCUACCUCCCCCCCGAGGCUCGGCCGGGGCAUGACACGCCAGAGACGGAAGACGGCGCCCUGCAGCUAAUGGCGAGGGAGAGGGGCUCGGCUAGUGCCCUCUUGCAGCAGAUGAUGGACUCCAUCGAGAGGCAGAAGCAGCGUGGGGCUGCCGGGGAGGAUCCGGACGACGGGGACGACCCGGAUAUGGAAUUUUACUACAAUUACUUCAACAGCACUCAGCUUGAGGACACGCCUACUGCUGCUCUAACGCCGGGUGUGCCGUCACUGUGGUUGUCACGGAGCAACAGCGGCCACGACAGAGUCAGCAGAGUGGUGAGGGGUGUCGGUGAGAGGGGCAGCGGGAGCGGCGGAGGCGGCGGGGAGAGGAAGAUGCGCUCGAAGGCCUUUCAGAAAUGCCCCAUAUGCUCCAAGGUCAUUCAAGGAGCAGGCAAGCUACCCCGCCACAUCCGAACACACACGGGGGAGAAACCCUAUGAGUGCGCCAUCUGCAAAGUGCGCUUUACCAGGCAGGACAAGCUCAAGGUUCACAUGCGGAAGCAUACGGGAGAGAAGCCUUACCUUUGUACGCAAUGUGGGGCGGCCUUCGCUCACAACUACGACCUGAAGAACCACAUGCGCGUUCACACUGGCCUGCGCCCCUACCAGUGCUCCAGCUGCUUUAAGACUUUCGUACGCUCCGACCAUCUGCACCGCCACCUCAAGAAGGACGGCUGCAACGGCAUCCCGUCUCGCCGAGGCCGAAAGCCUCGGGUGAGAGAGCCUGGGCUCCUGGAUGCCCCGUUGGGCCUGCUGAGCCCCGGCUCAGACACUGGCCUGGAGCCUCACAUCAUCAAGGGACGGCAGCUCUCGGAAGCUCUCAAGUCUGAGGUGGAGGGGCCCCUCGCACACAGCCCACAGCUAGCAAGAGGGCCGGACCAUGAGACAAACACUUAAGAAUUUGACGGACACCCUCACAAACAUCACUCUGCUCCGCCUGUCCACACAGAGGAGGAAAAAACAGACUUUAAAGAAUAUAUAUGUAAAAACAACAACUAUUGCUCUAUAAACCAAAUCAGGGUGUCACAAAAAUUUUAAUCUUCACAGUUCUUUCUUUCUUUUACUUUGGAGAAAAAAAAGUACGACGUGAAAGCACUUGAGUCGGUUUAAAGAGCAAAGAACGCUUCAAAUCACGCACCCACAAUGUCCACUUUCUGGGCCUUUCUUAUCAAUAAUAAUAGGGGGUUUUAUACAUUGGCAUAAUGUAUAAAGCACACUAAGAAACUAUGCAGUUGACUUUAGGUUUUUAUUAUCGGUCGAGCUCUGAGCAAAGGUGUCUGAGCUCCUUCCGGCUGCCGUACGGGUGAAGCGAGGACAAAUCUUUCCAUGAGAAAACAGCUCUUUUUUUUUCUUUUUUAUUCUUUUGCAGGUCUAGAGAUGUACAGUUACCAUAGAAACAACGUUGCCAUAAUAUGGCAUAUGCAAGGAAAACUCACCACAUUUGUGAUGCAACAGCUUGCUCGCUCGCUCACUCUCCAAAUGCUCCAGAAAGAGUCAUAGACAAGGGUUUGAUUGAAGUGUUACUUACUCGAAAAAAAUAUAUAUAUAUAAAUACAUUGGGAGAAUCAAUUGUUUAUCUUUGCGAAUGAGUCGAAUCCACAUGGGUGGAGGCUCGAGGAUUGCAGGACGAGGGAGUACGAGGCUCUGUGUUUUUAAAACGCUACCACUGCCCUCAGACCCCUGCAAUUUAAGUUUUCCUGUCUUAAUCUUUUGGUCUUUUUUUUUUUUAUAGGUUGACUGGGUACUUGACACUUUAUAAUUGUAUACAUGUAUAUACAGCAUGGGGCGAUAUGACAUCCCUGUUAACUGUUCUGGCUUCUCCUUGUGGGCUGGAUGUCUUAUUUCUUACAGCGUUGGCAAACCCGUAUGAAUGUUUGUUGAGCGAUAGCAUGGGUCACCUGAGGGGGAAAAAAAACACUUGACAGUUCCUGCCUAAAAAUGAUGAGCAUUGGAAAUGAUUGAAUGAAUGUGCUUCACUUUGUGCAGUGUGUCCUUGUUUGACAGGGUGCAGGUUUAAGGCACGACAGGGAACCCAAAUGAGAAAGUUGAAGAGAAAAGAUGAGCACCUCUUUUUCUUUGUUUGCACAGCUUAAGGGAAGACAUCCAAUAGUAAAAGGGGCGCGGGUAUAUUUAAAGGAAGAUAAUUGUUUUUUUCUUCUUUUGUUUAAAUAGUUUACCUUUUUGGGACCACACAACCUGGGCGAUGUAGAAAGCGGUAAAUACCUGUCCAAGUCAGCAGGCCAAAUAGGAGUCCAGCUGCAGCUGGUUCGCGAGAGGGGAGGGGGACCUCGCCAUGUCUGUUGCAUUCCAAAAAAAUAAUCUCCCCCAGCUCAGCCACGUUUCCAUGCAGGAGGAGGGUGGGGGAUCAGAUCAGGCCUCUCUCUCUCUCGCCCCCUCUCCCCCUCUCUGUGGUCCUCUAAUGCCCUUAAGGGAUAUGAUUAUAAUAGAGCUUGGUGUUACCGUGGGUGCAUGCAUAUGUCUGUGUGUGUGUGUGUGUGUGUGUGUGUGCGUGCGUGCGUGCAUGCGUGCGUGGCAGCAGCCAGGGUCCCUCUGGCCACAUCAUCAGUGUGUGAGUCAGCCCCAGCCUGUUCAAACAUGCACCUUGAGCUGCCAGCCUCAGCGCACUUCACUCUCUCUCCUAAAAUCCACGUUUCCACCCAGCAGUCCGUUUCGCUCCACUGCGGUAUAGUUUGGACUGGUAAAUGCUGAUCAGACUUGGGUUGCCAUUGCGCGGUGUAGGGGGCAACAUUAUCCGUAAAUGCGUAACACGGUUGGAGUAAAUUCCUCUCUCGGUAUUCUUACAUUGUAAUGUAACACGGGGGAAGGCCAACAAUCGUCUCUCGACCAAUCAGCAAACAGCUGUGGCUUAAGCUCCACUCUACAAAGCAACGUAGCUUCUGAGUUUGCCUGCUGGCAAAAAGGUGGUGAAAAGUGGGACAGUACAGGUCCGAUACUUACAGAACCUUUACAGUGGGAACACUGACCAAAACCAAAUUGUACUGCUUGGUGGAAACAAGCCCAAGACAUCAGAAAGGAAUCAUUCUGAGUUCACUGAUCUUUGAAUUAGGGAUGGGCAUUUAAAUAGAUUGCUUCAAUCGACUAAUGCAAAAAUUAACCAUCAAUUAAUUAUUUUGUUCGACAUGAAUGUUUUGAACUCCUGUUUCUGCAUACAGAGGAGUUGACGGAGAUUGACUUCCCAUAGCCAACGUCAUGUUUUUCAUAGACCACAGAUUAGUUGAGCCUGAAUCAGCAGUACAGUACUGCACACCGUUUUCACAGAUUUGUUAACGCCAAUCAAUUUUUAUGCCCAUCCCUACUUGGAAUAUCCCCAAAACUUUCCAAACCGAGAGCCCCUCCCAGCCUGAUACAAGACCAUCUCUCCUGUACGCCUCCUGUCCUGAAUUGCACCUUAAUCAGAACGAGACAGGUUCUGAAAGCACUUUGUUACAACAAGGGCACUUUUGUCAACAAAACGGGUACUUUUGAGAAAGAAAAAAAAAAGUUGCAAAUGAGAUCGGCCCUUUCUUCUCUCAGUGGUGGUAAAAAAAAAAAUGCUCAUUUUCCUUGUUUUGUUUUUAGGGUUGACAACAAGCUGCCAAACGGGAAAAAAAUUAGUGCUCUAGAAGAAAGGCCUGGUAAAAGAUGAGUUAAUUUAACUGAUUGCACUUGAAGUUAGCUGUCUAAAUGUCUUAAGGUAGAGGGAGGGUGUUGUGUGUUUUGUGUGUGUGUGUGUGUGUGCGCGCGCGCGCGCACGCGCGUGCAAGCAUGCAUUGCUGUCUGGUGGACUGGAGGAUCUCGGGACGAGCUGGUGUAAACAAACGUUGCUCCAUCUGUUCCCCGGCUCCCCUCCUAAGUGUGUGAUGAUAACGGGCCCCUAACGUUGUAAAACACCUCAUCGGACAGUCGCUUGUUUACUUCACAGCUCUCUGGGCGCACAUUUGCAUAAAUCUUGGUUUACCCUCGCUGGUCAUUGUCGGCGGCUGUCCGGGCCUUGAGAGUGUAGGUUUUAUGUAUUUCUUGAGUCCCUGAUCUCGUAAAAAAUGCGAACUGAUGUCUGUACCGCGUAGUAUGGACCCUAAACCAGUUUUGUUCCCAAAUAACCUAUGAGCCAUCUAAACCUGUGUAUAUUUGGACCUUUACAUAGUCUCAGGGUGCUUUCACGCUUGCAACAUUUAGUCUGCUUUAAUCAACUGCAAUCCGUUUUCCUUGCGUGAACAAAGUGAUUGAACUUGGGUGCAGACCAAAUCAACCGGUCUGUGUAGUUUCAGACAAACUCUAGUAUAUUUUGGUUGUGCGGAAAAAGCGAAACUGGGGAGUGAACAAAUCAGUUUCACCCCUAAACAAAACACAGCUUUGCUUUCGCAUGAAUACGGUUUAGAUGGAAAGCGGGAAACAGACAGAGUUUACAAAGCCAUAAACUGAUAGGGAGCAAGAAAGCAAAUUACCGGUGUGAAAGCAUCCUGAUGUUACUUGAUAUAUUUCUCUCAUACUAGGCUGGUACCUGUACUAGUUUCGAGCUAAAGAGCCAAAAGUAUCACCGGUUCUUGGAGCUGGGGGUUGUGACCACAGGUCACCGGAGCAAACAUUCAACCGCCAUCUUACGGCAAGAAGCCAGCAAACUGUAGUCGUGCUGCUUCCAAAACGGAUGCAAGCCAAGCACCAGAACAGAACUAGCACUGGCACCAGCUCCGUGUGAAAGGGAUAUCAUUUGUCCAAACUGGGCCUCCCUCAAUAGAAACAAGUUUAAGGAUGUAAAUUAUUUUCUGACUUUGCUUGAAGUUACGCUACAACGCAGCUCCCGUGUGCGUGAAUGUUGGAUUUGGGUGAGGUCUUAACAGGCCCUCAUUGCCAGGAAGGGUGGGGGUAAACGGAUAGCUGGGUCGGGUGUCUUGUCUGGGAUUUCAAGCCUGUUAGCACUGGAAGUGGUGCUUUAGCUGAGCGUAGCGCAAACAUUUGCACUAAUUGUCAAUGUUCUUGUCCUGCUGGUGGGAGACAACCUCAAAAAGGCCACAUGGUUUCCGUGUGGACUUGGGUCGGUCCUGCCCAAUAGAAGUAAUCAUGUAUAGUAUAUGUGUAUACGUCCAACCUUGACUAAUACCAAAGGAGAACAAAGACAUUAAGAUAGUUAAAGAUGUACCAAUCGAAUGUUGGAUCAAUAGUGUUUGAAACCCAUGUGAAUCCAACUUUCGUGGUUUUGUUUUGUGAGAGAUUACAAAUUUGGGCCGCUCAUUAGAAAUAUGUGGGUUGGUCCUGCUAUGAUCAGAUCAUUGUACAAAGAUAUGAUACUUACAGAUUAGAUGUAUUUUCAGUCCAACUGAUGAAUAAUUAAUCACUAAAUUUCACUUUUUACUAAAUUAUAAGAAACGAGUUUAUUCGUUCCAUUGGUUCUGUGAUUGUGUUGACUUUUGUGCGAUCUUGCAAUGUGGAGCUCCGGCUCACUCCCGCCAGGUGAGCCUUACGUGGGCCCUCUUUGACCAAACCCACGCCUUGUGCUUUUACCACAGAACACCUUGUUUUGUGUUUUGUUUUGUUUUGUUGUUUUCCUCUGCCCCGUGUUUUUCAGACCAAACUCUAUGAGCUGACGCUAAUCGUGCAGAUGUUUAAGCUUUACUUGAAUUAAUUUAUUAUUUUUAUUCUUACCUUGUUUGCCGCUAAACUCCCAAGAGUUCUGCAGUGGCUCCCCCCCUUGUCUGAUUCUUGUGUUUUUCCAAAUGGACCUUGACUUCUGUUUCUGUCUUACUCUUUUAUCAAAGACUUUUUGCUGAUUAUAUCUGAGAAAGCCAUAAAACAAGACCAACAACCAUGAUAAAGAUUUUUCUUCUUUUUAAAGGAGAGAUGAAGUGACUGUUAUUGAGUUUAGUGGCAUCAGAAGCUACGAGGGACUGGGACUCUUGUCGCCGUUGUGCUUUUGUAGCAGAUUAUUGGAAUUUUUCCCAUCUGGCUGGAUAUGCAGCAUGGCCCUCAACGCAGUGUGCUUGUGGCACUUCCUAACAAACGGUGGACUUCUCCCAGUUUCUAACGCAAGGUCUGCCGCCCCCGUGGUCCGAAUGAAAGUUGGGCUAACCCCAGAUCUGAGGAAAGGUGGGGCGCCAGCAGUUCUUAGUUGGGCUGCGGCCAUGUCCCAUACCAUCAAGCCCUAAGAAAAGGUGCACUGCCCAUGGGUCCAUAGGUCUUACGUUAUGGGGGUCUGCUCUCAGGUUCAAACGGGAAAUAGACUGACCUUAGCUCAAGGUGGGCUGUUAUCAGGUCCUACAAUAGAAGUGCUGCCCCCAGGUUUUGGCGAUAUGAGGUGGUGGGUGCCCAAUAGUUCAUAAGAAAAGGAGGGCCGCCCCCAUUUCAUAAAAAAGUGGGCUGCUGUCAUGCGCUGGGGUGUGCCCGGCUCUAAGUGACAACGGGCUGUGCCAUGUCCUAGGGAAAUGUGGGCCAUCCUCGGUUCUUUUUAAAAAAAAAAUAGGGCCAUCCUCUGGUCUUAACGAAGGAUGGGCUGCUCCCGGGUGAAGUGUCGAUCAUUUGUACCUCCUGGCUCUGAGCAUACAAAGAUUGUAGAAAGAGCCAUUACAGGGGUAAGGGGGUGGGGGGGGAUGGGUUGUGAUGUUUUCAGGGACGGGGUAGCUUGUGUAGUUUUUGGAAAGGCGUGGCCAAAACGUCCAGAAGAUGCAGAAUAUUUCGGGUCUCCUUUUGCCUCUUUUGCAAGUACUUCUCAGGUGGAAACGAACACUGCUAUGCAUCGGCUUUCUUCGUUAUGUGUGUCAUACCAUGCUGUAGAUGUUCCCUCGCUAAUUAGCAGACACAAGGAAAAGGAGGGCUGGGCUCAUUGUGAAGCGUGAUACUGAUUUGGUACCUUGUAGAAGGGAGCCGUCUGUCUCUUUAGUCAGUCUCAUUGUUUUGAAGAGUAGCACCAGGCCUGCGUUGUGCAGCCACUGAAAGCAAACAUUCCAUAACUUCAUACUGUGAUUCCCCCUUCAUAUUCCGUGCAUGUGACGACGUUGCUUUUUUUUUCUUCUCUCCUCUCAGCUUCUGCGAUUGUAAACGUUAGCACUUUGCGAUAAAAAGGCCAUCCUCCAUUGUGUUUUGAUGAUUUCCUUUUUGCUUUCUGGUUGCCUGGGUGAUGCAAUUUCAAUUCCCAUCGUGAGAAAAUGCACUUGAAUUGUAGCGUGGAAGAUGGACGCCUUAUUGGCUGUUGCCCUUCACUUGCUUGCUUAGCAGGGAGAAAUGUGAUUGGUUCUCAUUUCGGGGGACUCUUUCGAAGCUGUGCUGAAUGUAGUACAGGGGUGGGUGACCUACUGCCCGCCAGAGCAUUCGAUGCAGCCCGCCAUAAAAGGAAAUACAACCUCAGUCUUAAGGAAAAAGGUUCCCCACCCCUGUUGUGUAGGUCAAGGCUGGAUCAGGUAUCCAUCUUUGGGCGCUUUUUUUAUGCAAAUCAGCACAAUGUUAUUGCAGUCCAGUGGGAAGAAAGGACAAUAACCUGGGAGACAAAUCUAGAUAGUAGGCUACUAUUUAUUUCGAGCAUCGUCAGUGAGGUUUCUAAAGUGGCCUAUUAAGUGUCACAUUUACCAACACAAACUGGGAUGUUAAAUUGUAAACAAACACGAGUCACAUCAGGCACCAAAAUACAUGACCACGCUAAAUAUCUGGAUCUAAAUGUAUGACAAAAGGAUGGGAAAAAAAAAAAAAAGUUUAAUUCCAUUUUUCAAGCGACGACGUGUAGUUUGUUUGCUUUGUGACUCGUGUUUUCUUAGUUUGCUCCACUUGUUUAUGAAGCUGCAAGCAGUUGAAUUGUUUUGGGGAGAAUUUGCACUUUCUGGUGAUGAGAAAAGAAAAAAAAAACUAUGUAUAUGAGACCACUACAUCCACACACUCAAAAAUCAUAUAAUUCCAUGUUGUCUUUUUUUUUCUUUCUUUUUUUUUUAAAUAUAUCCAAAAAUGUCUGCCAUCUGGUUGUCUGGUUUAAAGAAUAUACAAAUCUUUCUAUUAAAAGAAAAACAAUGGUUGCAAA